AUGGAGCUUGAGCCAGAACUUUCUGAGUUACUGACGAUUCAGUCAAAUGGUGAUAAGCAGACCGAGCAGUUUUUUGCUAGUGGUUGUGUGGCUCCAUCGUCAGCCCUACAAUCAUCGAGUCUCUCCACAAUAUCGUUAGGGAAUCCACUCACGGUGCAGGAUUCAGUGGACAAGUAUAGAGAAAUUGAAAAGACAAUCAUCAAAAUCCCACAAUUUGCCAGAGAAGGAGAAUUUCUAGAAUUUUUGGCGCAGAGUUUGAAGGAGGCGUCAUGGAAAGAUAGUCUUUCGGACAAGGCGGCUAGAUAUGAAAUCAUCGUGGAGAACCAGAGAGGUUCCACAUUGUUUGGUGUUCCUAUGUAUUCGAAGCAGUCGAUGUUCUACGGAGCGGAUCCGCCAACGUUUCAGGCAUUGAACGGUUGCGGCCUUGGAAACAUGGGGAUCUAUCCUUUACCUGGGCGUGACUGGCGCUGGAGCUGGGACAGCUGGCACGUGAUGAUGAUUAGUGAUGUAGACGAAGAUGGGUGGGUAUAUUCUAACAUUAGAUUUGGAAGCAAGUAUUGGAAGGGUACGAGGGGAUUUGGAAGGAUGGUCAGGCGCAGAGUAUGGGUUCGAAUGGCCGAGAGAGUUACCGUAGAGCAUGAUAAUGACUCGGACAGCGAGCUGGCAUCCACUCUUAUUGUGAAUGGAGGCGCCGAGACGUCGAGGGACGUUUCUUCGCCGAAAGAUCUGCCGGAAAGAUCUUCGAAUUUACCUCUUGUAAAACUUUCUGUGCCCGUUGCGUUACCUGAUCCUGAAUUGGAAUUGAAGUCAUUCUGUAAAUCACUGUCCAAAGAAGUUCUCGAUCGAUUGAAGUCCCAACGAAUUCUUGAGUUCUUCCUCAACGCUGAUACAUCUUUGCUUGCAUAUCUGACUAACGAUUUCGAUAAAAAGCAUCCUGCUAAACAUAUUGGGACAUCUAGCUACCUCAGAAUAAUCACAAAUUCAACUUGGAUAGAUAGACUCAUUAUGUCUCUUCGAUUCCACGAAUCCCGUACUAUUUUCCUGAGGAGGUUGAGUGCUCUUAUAGAUGAUCCACCACUUCAAAUCUCCCCCGAAAAAAGGACUCUUCUUGAGCAAAUAUGUAAGGAUGGCUAUAUAUGCAUCGGAAUGUAA